UUUAAGGCAUUUUCAUCCUUGUGAUUUGUUUCCUUAGCUGCUUAACAUACAUUCAUGUGUAUAAAUAAAGGAUGUUGAACUCAUCACAAAUCAUCAUUGAAGAGAGAAAGAAUAAACUAACAAGAUGUUUUCGUUAUCGAUCCAUCUCCAAAUCACAUUUUGCAUUCUAAUAACGAUCCCUCUCGCAUUCUGUAGAAUAAUUCAUACAAACCAAACACUAAUCUUCCCACUCACUGCCCAAAACAUACAUAAGGACCAUAACGCUUCCUCAACAAUAUUUCUCCAGCAACGUCAUCUCUCUUCUUCUCCACCAAUAAAGAUUCCUUUCACGCACGAUGUCACACUCACAGUCUCUCUCACCGCCGGUUCUCCUCCACAGACCAUCAAUAUGGUUCUUGACACCGGAAGCGAGCUCUCGUGGCUCCACUGCACAAAAACCUCAACCUCAACGUCCAUUUUCGACCAUGCAAAAUCCUCUUCUUACUCUGCUCUACCAUGUUCUUCACCGGUUUGCACCACCCAAACACAAGACUUAACCGUUCCCGCCACGUGUGACAAAAAAGCUAAUCUCUGUCACGUGGCUGUCUCUUACGCUGAUGGUUCCUCCUUGGAUGGGAAUCUUGCUCAAGAGACGUUUGGAUUCGGGUCUACGAGGAGACCCGCAACAGCGUUUGGAUGCAUGGACUCGAGCUCCAGCACUACACCAGAGGAAGAUGCCAAGACAACCGGUUUAAUGGGAAUGAACCGGGGUCGGUUAUCGUUUGUUAACCAGAUGGGUUUAACGAAAUUCUCUUAUUGUAUUUCCGGUUCUGACUCAACCGGUGUUUUGGUUCUUGGUGACGCGCGUCUACCUUCGCUUCCACCUCUUAAAUACACACCUUUGGUAACUAAACAAGACCGGUUACCUUAUUGGGACCGGUUCGCGUACACGGUCCAGUUUCAGGGAAUUCGGGUCGGGUCAGUAAUGUUACCCAUCCCUGCCUCUGCUUUUGUUCCUGAUCAUUCCGGAGCGGGUCAGACGAUUUUGGAUUCGGGUACACAGUUCACAUUCCUGCUAGCUCCGGUUUACAACGUCUUGAAAACCGAGUUUACCAAACAAACCAAAUCGGUUCUCACUGUUGACCCCGGUUUUGUUUUCCAAACCGCAAUGGAUUUAUGUUUCCGUGUUGGGUCAACCAAGCUUGAUUUUUCGAAACUACCAACGGUGAGUCUGAUGUUCGCAGGAGCAGAGUUGACCGUGUCGGGUCAGAAGCUGUUGUAUCAUGUACCAGGACACGGUGCCGACCAGAAGUAUUGUUUCACGUUCGGAAACUCCGAACUCGCGGGGGUUGAAAUGUUUAUAGUUGGGAAUCUUCAUCAGCAAAACGUGUGGAUGGAGUAUGAUAUUGCACAUGCAAAGGUUGGAUUUGCUAAUGACGUCAAAUGUAAUCAAGCGAGUCAACUUCUUGGAUCAAGACUCUGAAAACUUUUGUUUUACAAAUAGCUUUUUGAUAAAAUAUAAUAUGUUGUUUCAGUAUCUAUACUAUUAAAAGGGAAACAUUCUUAAAAAA